AUGGACGAGUGGAAACCCAACCCUGCCAUCAAGCCCCACAAGAAGCGGAGCUGGUACCUUGCCUGGAAGUACAAGCUGAUGAACCAGCGCGCGCUGCGGAAGCUGUGCCAGACAGGUGCUGUCCUUUUCCUGCUUGUGACUGUGAUUGUGAACAUCAAGCUGAUCUUGGACACGAGGAGAGCUGCUUAUGAGGAAGAAGAGGAGUCUGCACAGGACUACGAUGAUGAGAUGCUGAAUGUGGAGGUCCCCAGGCACCCUGUCAGCAACAAGAAGGUCUUGGAUGUCGAGGUGUACUCCAGCAGGUCGAAGGUCUACGUGGCUGUGGAUGGGACAACAGUGCUGGAAGAUGAGGCUCGGGAGCAGGGAAGAGGGAUCCACGUCAUUGUCUUAAAUCAGGCCACGGGUCACGUGAUGGCCAAGAGGGUUUUUGACACCUAUUCUCCCCAUGAAGAUGAAGCCAUGGUACUUUUCCUCAACAUGGUUGCACGGGGCCGGAUCCUGAUCUUCACCAUUAAGGAUGAAGGCUCCUUUCACCUCAAGGACACAGCCAAGAAUGUCCUGAAAAGUCUGGGGAGCCAAGUUGCACCAUUCCUGAGCUGGAGAGACAUGUGGACAUUUGUGGGGAAGAAGGGAGGGGAAGUAUAUGGGGAGAAGCACGCCAAGUCACCUGCCCUCUCAACGUGGGGUGACCCUGUACUGCUGAAGACAGAAGUUCAUCUGACAUCUGUGGAAGAAGCUGAGUGCCAUUGGCCCGGAAAGAGGUUCUGCAGCAAAGUGGAAGGUUAUGGAAGUGUCUGCAGCUGCAAAGACCCCACACCCAUUGAGUUCAACCCUGAUCCUCUCAAAGACAAUAAAGUCUUUGAUGUGCCUGUAGCUGUUAUUGCAGGGAACCGCCCCAACUACCUGUACAGGAUGCUGCGCUCCUUGCUCUCGGCUCAGGGUGUCAAUCCACAGAUGAUCACAGUCUUCAUCGAUGGAUACUAUGAGGAGCCAAUGGAUGUUGUGGAGCUGUUUGGCCUCUCAGGAAUCCAGCAUACCCCUAUCAGCAUUAAAAAUGCCAGAGUUUCCCAGCACUACAAAGCCAGUCUGACUGCAACCUUCAACCUGUUCCCGGAUGCUAAAUUUGCUGUGGUUCUGGAGGAAGACCUUGACAUUUCUGUUGACUUCUUCAGCUUUCUGAGCCAGUCAAUACACCUUUUGGAGGAAGACGAGAGCCUGUACUGCAUCUCAGCUUGGAAUGACCAGGGCUAUGAGCACACAGCUGAGGACCCCUCGCUCCUGUACCGUGUGGAGACCAUGCCAGGCCUGGGCUGGGUGCUCCGCAAGAGCCUGUACAAGGAUGAGCUGGAGCCAAAGUGGCCAACCCCUGAAAAGCUCUGGGACUGGGACAUGUGGAUGCGGAUGCCGGAGCAGCGGAAGGGCCGGGAAUGCAUCAUCCCUGACAUCUCGCGCUCCUACCACUUCGGCAUCGUGGGGCUUAACAUGAACGGCUACUUCCACGAAGCCUAUUUCAAGAAGCACAAGUUCAACACAGUUCCAAACGUCCAGUUUAAAAAUGUGGAGAGCUUGAGGAAGGAUGCCUACGAGACUGAAAUUCAUCGGCUCCUGGGUGAGGCUGAAGUCUUGGACCACAGCAAGAACCCAUGUGAGGACUCUUUUGUGCCCAACACUGAGGGCAAGGUCUAUGUCAUGUUCAUCAGGAUGGAGCAGGAAGCAGAUUUCACCACCUGGACUCAGCUUGCCAAGUGCCUCCACAUCUGGGACCUGGACGUCCGUGGGAACCAUAAGGGGCUGUGGCGGCUUUUCCGCAAGAAGAACCACUUCCUCGUGGUGGGGGUCCCUGCCUCCCCCUACUCGUUCAAGAAGCCCUCAUCAGUGACACCGAUCUACAUGGAGCCCCCUGCCAAGGAGGAGGGGGCAGUGGCAGUGCCAGCGGUGGCUGCAGCAGAGCAGACGUGA